CGCGCCCCCCGCGCGGAGCCAGGCCCGCUGCCGUCCCCGCCGCCCGGGCCCCCGGCAUGCAGCUCCGGCUGCGGAGGUGACACUCGGGCCCGAGCCGCCGCCGCCGCCAUCGCCACCAUGGAUGAACAGGAGGCAUUGAACUCAAUCAUGAAGGAUCUGGUGGCCCUCCAGAUGAGCCGACGUCCCCGGGUGCCUGGAUAUGAGACCAUGAAGAACAAAGACACAGGUCACCCAAAUAGGCAGAAAAAACACAACAGCGGCAGCUCAGCCCUUCUGAAGAGCCCCACACUAAAAACAAGCUCAUGUGCAGGGGCCGGUGAGGAAAAGAAAUUUUUGAGUGACGUCAGAAUCAAGUUUGAGCACAACGGGGAGAGGCGAAUUAUACCGUUCAGCCGGCCUGUGAGAUACGAAGAUGUGGAACACAAGGUGACAACAGUGUUCGGGCAGCCUCUUGAUCUGCAUUACAUGAACAAUGAGCUCUCCAUCCUGCUGAAGAACCAAGAUGAUCUUGAUAAAGCAAUUGACAUAUUAGACAGAAGCUCAAGCAUGAAAAGCCUUAGGAUAUUGCUGCUGUCCCAGGACAGAAAUCAUACCAGUCCCUCUCCCCAUUCUGGGGUGUCCAGGCAGGUGCGGAUCAAAGCUUCCCAGUCUGCAGGAGAUGUCAAUACCAUCUACCAGCCCCCCGAGCCCAGAAGCAGGCACCUCUCUGUCAGCUCCCAGAACCCUGGCCGAAGCUCGCCUCCCCCUGGCUACGUGCCUGAGCGACAGCAACGCAUUGCCCGGCAGGGUUCCUACACCAGCAUCAACAGUGAGGGGGAGUUCAUCCCGGAGACCAGCGAGCAGUGUAUACUGGAUCCCCUGAGCAGUGCUGAAAAUUCCUUGUCAGGAAGCUGCCAAUCCUUGGACAGGUCGGCAGACAGCCCAUCCUUCCGCAAAUCAAGAAUGUCCCGAGCCCAGAGCUUCCCAGACAACAGACAGGAGUUCUCAGAUCGGGAAACUCAGCUGUAUGACAAAGGGGUCAAAGGUGGAACCUACCCCCGGCGCUACCAUGUGUCUGUGCACCACAAGGACUAUAAUGAGGGCAGAAGAACAUUUCCACGAAUACGGCGUCAUCAAGGCAACCUCUUUACCCUGGUGCCGUCCAGCCGCUCCCUGAGCACAAAUGGCGAGAACAUGGGUCUGGCAGUGCAAUACCUGGACCCCAGAGGGCGCCUGCGAAGUGCGGACAGCGAGAAUGCCCUCUCUGUGCAGGAGAGGAAUGUGCCGACCAAGUCUCCUAGUGCCCCCAUCAAUUGGCGUCGUGGGAAGCUCCUGGGCCAGGGUGCCUUUGGCCGGGUCUACCUGUGCUAUGAUGUGGACACAGGACGUGAACUUGCUUCCAAACAAGUCCAGUUUGAUCCAGACAGCCCUGAGACAAGCAAGGAGGUGAGUGCUCUGGAGUGUGAGAUCCAGCUGCUGAAGAACCUGCAGCACGAGCGCAUAGUGCAGUACUACGGCUGUCUGCGGGACCGUGCUGAGAAGACUCUGACCAUCUUCAUGGAGUACAUGCCGGGGGGCUCAGUGAAAGACCAGCUGAAGGCCUACGGAGCUCUGACAGAGAGUGUGACCCGCAAGUACACCCGGCAGAUCCUGGAGGGCAUGUCCUACCUGCAUAGCAACAUGAUCGUUCACCGAGACAUCAAGGGAGCCAACAUCCUCCGAGAUUCUGCCGGGAACGUGAAGCUGGGGGACUUCGGGGCCAGCAAGCGCCUGCAGACCAUCUGCAUGUCAGGCACAGGCAUGCGCUCCGUCACUGGCACGCCCUACUGGAUGAGCCCCGAGGUGAUCAGUGGUGAGGGCUACGGAAGGAAGGCAGAUGUGUGGAGCCUGGGCUGCACUGUGGUAGAGAUGCUGACAGAGAAACCACCUUGGGCAGAGUAUGAAGCCAUGGCUGCCAUUUUCAAGAUCGCCACGCAGCCCACCAAUCCUCAGCUGCCCUCCCACAUCUCUGAGCACGGCCGGGACUUCCUGAGGCGCAUAUUUGUGGAGGCCCGCCAGAGACCUUCGGCUGAGGAGCUGCUCACACACCACUUUGCACAGCUCGUGUACUGAGCUCGCAAGGCACACUGUUGCCAGCUGCCCCUGCUGCGGGGCAAGGGGCUACUGAGGGGCUCCGCGAAGUUGCUGCUUCUCCCAGGCAAUGCUGUGGACCAUGGAGCUCCAGUCCAACCAGCGUUUGUCUGCGCCCCUCCCACCACUGGGGCUCAGAGCCACGGCGGGGUGGCUGCAGCCUCAAGGACUGGGAGCCCCCAGCCUGCCAGACCUGAGAGCUCUGGCAUCCUCAGCUCCACGUGGAGGGAAAGGGGCUCGGAACAGUGUGCAAAGCGCUGAGGGCCUUCCCCUCAGGGCUAUGUGUUGAUGCCGCAGUCAGCGCCAAAGCCCCACGGGUCUGGGGGCCCAGGACGGACAUGAGGGUCUGAAUAGUGUUACUUUCAUUCAGAGUGUUAUUGUGUUUCUCCUCCCAUGUCUGGAGACCACCAGGGCAUCUCUGGGCUGGAUAAGCCCACCCAAGCCUGAGGUAAAGCCCAGCAUCCCACAGCCAAUGGAAGGCAGAGGCUGGGGCUGUGCUCUCCCCGGAGCCCCCAGGUCAGCUUCGCCAGUCCCUGUCCUUUACCAAAGAUGAAUGAAGCAAAUGUUAUGCUGCCUUAUUCAGGGAAGGAGGAGCCCAUCCUGCCUGCCCCCAUGACCCCACACCCCCCCUCCCCCAGCAGGGGCUUUAGGUGUGGAACUGCCCCCACUUGGGGGGGGGGAGACCCAGUUUUGUCAAUGCAAUUGUCUCUGUUUUACAAGUUGGAGUCACUCUUAUGCUGUAUCCAGUUUCUAAACUGGAGACUGUGUGCCCUCGGGCUCUAAGUAUCCCUGUUGUGGGCUUGGGCCUUGGGCUGGAUUGGAAAGAGCUGAAGGUAAUGGCCUUUGUAUUCCUGACCUGGCACCUUUCCCCCCACUGGAGCAGAAAGGAAUAUGGACAUCAUGGUGAGGGGAUCUGACCCAGCUGGCUGCCCUGAGCCCUGGGCAGGCUCUUCUGGAUAGCCAGGGAAGUCGGAUCAGGCUGUCUGUGAGUCGUGACCCUGCUAGGCCAGAGCCCUCUCUGCCUGGUAGAAGGGAGAGCCCAUAAGAUGUCACCAACUCUGUCCCAAACUACCAUCUCUGUUCCUCCUUGGCCAGCCUCACCCAUCCCCAUGAGGUCUCACCUCUUUCCCUUCUUAGAGGAGGAAUGGUAGCAGGGGUCGGGGAGCCAGUAUCUCCAAGCAGCUUAGAGUUGGCCUUAUUUACCUCAGCCUGGGCGCUGGUCUUUUCUUCCGGCCCCUCCCCUCCAAAAUGUGCCUAUUGCUAAAGCUCCUCCCUCCCAACGCCCAGUUUCCUUGGGAGUUGUCAUUAAAGGAACAACAACAACAACAACAACAAAACAACGUCAGUGCCCAGGGAUGGGCCUCUCUGGGGAGCUUGGGAUUAGCGCCAGGCAGCUCAUUGCCAGCCAUGCCCACUUCCCCAUGGGCACCAGAACAAGCCAAAGCCUUCGUUGUAUGUUGACGAUGCACUUUUAUGAAUGUAGUUUCUAUCGCUGUUUUUAGCCUUUUCACAUCAUGUAAUGUGAGGCCUUGUACUUGUUAAUUUAUAUCUCAGAUCAUAUUUGAUGGUUUUUAUAUAUAUCAAUUCUAGAUUGUUACAGGUGAUGGACGCCUCAAGAGAGAGAAGAGAAAAUGAAAGCAGCUGGUUUUGCAGGAAUGUGUGUUGCACGGUGCCAGCUGGGCCUGAGCCCCUCUGUUUCCAUCCUUUUCCCCCAGGGGCCUCUGUCAGGCACCCCAGCUCAGCCCUCUGAAGACAGUGAGCAUGUGCUCCUGUCUCCACCUCAGCCCUGGCCCAGGGUGGGGACUGGCCCCUCAACUUGACCAAAGCCGCCACGUGGCAGCUCGGCCUCUCCACGACUCCAUCCUGAUGGCUGUAGCACUCUUCUUGGGCCCACACCCCCGUCCCCAGUCCCUGUUCCCCAAGAGGAAACAGCACGGUGCGGAUGCGACAAGACGACUCUGUGUGUCCCAGCUUCAGGCUCUCACAGAGCCCCACCUCCUGGGGUCUUACCUCACAGGGAAUGGGUUUUCAAAGUGAAUUUGCAAACAGGCCAACAAACGCUGCACUCCAAAAAAACGAAAGACCCUGAUUUUUUUUGUGUGCCAAAAACUGUGGACAUGCUGGCUCAGCAUCCUCAGGACCAAGCUGUUGCUUAAUUUUAAUUUAUUGUCUUUAUAGUAAAUAACCCAGAUAACAAGCUGUGGGCCUAGGACAGCCUGGGCCCGAAGAUUCUAAAAGGCAGUCCCCUGGCAGCCCCAGGCUUGCUGUGAGAAGGGCCGCGCUGCCAUUUGCUCAGCAUUCCAUGGGCUAUGUCAGCCUCGGCCAGACCUACGUGGAGAGGCCAGGGCUGGGGACAGUCCACACUCCGCCGCCCUCCCGCCCCUCCUGCCCCUCCUGCCCACCUCAGCUCUGUGUCUGUGUCUGAAUUGUGGAUCGUGCAGAAGAACCUGCAGCCAUAGUUACUGGACUAUAUCUCGACCGAGGGCUUGCAGUGCAAAGCCAGGCCAGUGUCGCGCAUUACUUACAAUAAAAGGGAUCAUUUAUACCCAAGGGGUCCUGUGGCAAUGCUUCCAGGUGGGGAGUGGAGAGAGUAGGUGUUUUCCCAGGAGGAGCAGGUAUGGUGCCUGGUAGCCAGCUUGGGUCCCUCAGCAGAGAACUUGAAAUGACUCCAAGCAGGGUCCGAGGCAGGGUGACUUGGUUGAUACCACUGCUAGCUCAGAGGUGGCGCCCUUCUUUCCCCACUGGCAGGAGCUCUGCUGAGGGUGCUUGUCAGGACUGAUUAUCAAGCCGGUACUGUCAGCCACCCCUGACCCAAGUGUCACCAGUGGCUGGGUUCCAGAACUUCAUGGCAUCUAGGAGUCUUCUCAGGGCAGGGAAGUCCUCCCCUGAGCCGUGUUCUGCAGGGCAGGGCUUAGUCAUCUCCAGGAGCCACGUCUCUGUUAUCUUCCCCUGGCCUUGCUCAGAGCAAGGAGAGACUGCCCUUGUCCCCAUCUGAGGCCUCCAACGCAGAAUUUGGGCCAGCCUUGAAUGAGCCUCUCAGUGCUCCUCAUGCUGAAGACCCAGUGCCAUUUCUGCUGAGACGCAGCUCUGCUGCAAGGGGCAGCGUCUACUUCACACAGCACAGUGGCCCAUCUGCCACCAGUUUGAGUACCCACUCCCUACCCUGACCUAUGGCCAUGGCAUCACUUAGGAACAUACGGUCUUAGAUCGGGUGCAGUGGCAGCAUGUCCCCCAGGAGUCAGCCCUCUGGCUCCACCGGUUCAUGUAGCCCACGGACAGUUUGGGGAAAUCAGAACAGAUGGGUCUGGGACAGACAUCCCGGACUUCCCGCAUAUAAUCCGCUCGGGGUAGGGGUGUCUCAGGGCCUCCAGGUUGGCUUUGCUUGCCCUGCUGUAAACUUGUCCCUCAGAGUAGCAGAUAAGCUGUUUUCUCCUUGGACUACCUGAGAUGGGACUGUGGCUGUCCUACUCCAGAGCUUGAAAAAGCAAGGGGAAGAUGACAGAUGGGGAAGGACACAGUGAGCUAGAGAACUUUCAACAGUACUUGCUGAAUAUGCUGGUGUCCACCAUCCUUUGCUGAUUUCCAGGGCGAGGGGGUUCCAGACAAGGACUCAGCAGAAGGGUUCUGCCUUGUAGUAUACUGAAAGGCAGUGAGGCCAUGCCCCAUCACCUACUGAUGGCCUGACCCUCU